AAACAUCCGGAUAUUUGUUUAAAUGGUUACUCAUCUAAACACUUUACGUCAUGUUACAAAAUGUGAUUAAAAAGAGGUACCAUAUCCAAUUUGUUCAUUUAUAAUUAUAAAUUUGAUAGUAAGAAGAAGUAUGUUUACAAUGUACCAUUUCUUUCCAAUUCUGAUCUUUGUUGCAAGGAAUGCACAUACCCUUGUUCUGCAAAGAGGACCAUGUCUCUUUGUUAGGAAUGAGACGUUUAUAGAAGGAGAAUUCAAUAACGUCACUCAAAUUUGCUGUUCGGGAUCAGGGAAACCACCUACAAAACAGAAACACAGAUUUGUUGCGGUGGAAAAGUGCUUGAGAGGGCGGACGAUGAUAGAAUUUGCUGUAAAAAAGUUUCUGAUUCUAAAGGAGGUUUUGUUUAUUCCGUAUCAAAUAUACGAAAACCCAAAUGUUGUGGACUUCAAGUUUACUCAUCACUGCAGAAUAAUUGCCUUAAUGGUGUGCUACUAGAUAAAAAUAA